AUGCCAAGUACAGCAAUCCAAAAAUUAUUAUUAAAAAUUUCUAUAUUUUUAAUCGUUGCUGGACUUGCAUUAACAAUUGCUGGAUUAGAAUCUCCAGCUUGGCAGGUUGUUGAUAUUCGGGAAUUUGGAGCAGAACAUCAACACGGGCUUUGGUGGGAUUGUACUAGAGCCAAAAAGGUUGGAAAGAAAAAUUAA